UAACUCUCUUCAAGACAAGCUCCUGUUACUCUUUGCAAAAAAAUACCGCACUUAAGAAACAGCUGUUUAUGGUAUUUUUGUGCCCCAGGUGGCGGGUAUUUUCCGGCAUGUAAUUUUUUAUGUCAUCAGGCGGCCAGUCCAAUAAGCGCGGAACUAACCAACCCCGUGAUAAAAGAAACACCGGUGUUAUCAAUUAAAAACAGUUUUCUAAAGGCAGUAGUUGAUAUUCCUGCCACCCAUUAAACAGUCCUUACAACGCGCCAGGAUGUCCACCCGUCGCCAGGCAAUCACUCUCUAUAGGAAUCUGCUCCGCGAAUCGGAGAAGCUGCCCUCCUAUAACUUUAGAAUGUACGCCGCCAGGAAGAUACGGGACACGUUUCGCGCCAACAAGACUAUUCGGGAUUUCGAGGAGAUUGAUCGGCAAAUGGCCACGGGAAAGCAGAAUCUGGAGCUGAUACGUCGCCAGGUCAUCAUUGGGCACUUGUAUACUACCGACAAGCUGGUCAUCGAGAAUAAGAAAACCCUGAAGCCAUCGGAUGAUUGAGAAGCUGGAGAUAUCCCAAUAGCUGGAGAAGCGUUAGUUGAUGAGAGUACAAUGGCCAAUGGACAGGUGGCGGCGGCGGCGGCGGCGAUGGCCAAGGGCAGGAUGAAUCAGGAGCAGGAGACACAACUCGAAAGACUCUAUCCACAACAUACUACACUACACACUGCACACACACACACACACAUUGUUGAUUCUAAUUAUAUAAGCGAGAUCGAGAUGAGGAGAACUAUGUAGGAAUCAAACCAAGGAACCCAGAGAUCAUUUGCUAGCAAAAAAACACCAAUUUAAUUUUAU